UGUAUAGAGUGUUUAUGGAGUCGAGUUUGCCGUUUGCACGAUAUAAGUCAGGAACUUUCUCCUCAGUGCCGAUUCCAUGUGGGCUUAUUUUUGGAGAGAGUAAGAAGGAUAUUUUAGGAGAGUGAACUUGUUAAAGGGUGUUUGUCGCGGGUCACAGCCUCUGUAAUGAGUUUCUUCCUCGUGCUUCAAUGCUACUUUUCCAGUGUGUCCAACUGGAUUCCGUAUAAGGAGAGCCUUGACGAGAAGCAUCACUUCAUCCACUCCUGACUUUUACCUCUACAGACUCUAAGCGACAUUUUCGACACAUGUUUUCUGGCAUUUUCUUUUUUUCAGGAUGAUUAAUUUAUCAGUUGUGCAUCUGUCAUCAACACCUCCAUUUUUUCUGAGGCUUUUUCUCAAGAGAAGGCUGAUUCCUGCGUUUUCCUGCUAAUGUUAUAGAGACGUAUGUUUGGUUUCCAACACCAAGGAGAACUUUUGGGUUUAAACUUUUUUGUCAUUUUUUUUCAGUUUAUCUUUCUACCUCUGUGUGCCUUCCCCUUCCUUUCUAUCAGAUACACCUAUUGGACAUUAUUUUACUUCACUCUCUUUUUUCCUAAUUGUUUGUGGGCACAAACUGAGAAUACACAACAGUUUUCCUUUGUUUUUGUUCCUGUCUUCAAUUUUUCCCUUGCUAAAAUUCGACCAUCACUGUCAAAGGGGAAAACUCAAAGCAAGCUCGGCUGCCAAACUGAAUCCCACUAGGCUGUCUUAGUUGUUUUCUACUGUGUCACAACAUGUGGUCUACCUUUUUGGUGACUGAUGAGGAGGGCCGCACGGUGUGCCCGGCGGCGGCAGGAACAGUGGGAGGGGUUGCUCCAGGAGUAGCACCCCAAGGUGCGGGAGGUCUGGCCAACCUGAUGACUGGACGCAGUACGUUUGGUGGGAACAAGCGCCGCAGGGCGACAUCAACAGGACACGCCAUGAGUGAGGCCCAGGAAGGAAAGAUCAAGUUGGCAUUCUUUGUAGCCAUUGUGGGCGUAGUCCUGACAGUCCUUGGGGUGGGUACAGAGUUCUGGGUGGAGCUGGCACCUCCGAAGAGUUUCUAUAACAACCAGACCUGUCUGACGGCUCACUACGGCCUGUGGAAGGGCUGCACCAAGACCCUGUGGGUGGCUGAUAUCGACCCAGAGAGAGAGAGCUGCGGACCCGCUGAACUACCCGGAGAAUCAAACUGCACCUACUUCAAGUUUUUCACCACGGGGGAAAAUGCUGUGCUGUUUCAGAAGACAACGAGGAAGAAUCUGAAUGUGGUGGCAGCCAUGUUGGCCCUGUUCAGCCUGUUCCUGAUGGUGAUGGGUGCCAUUUGCAUCACCAUGUCUCUCAGUAAAGAGAUCAUAUUCUUCCUCAAGCCAGCGUCCGUCUGCUUUAUUCUGUCAGGUGUCAUGGUGCUUGUCUCCCUGAUGGUAUUCCACCAGUCCGUCCUGGCCUUCCUAGCCAGCGACCACACGAUUCCUCUCCACCACGAGCUCUCCUGGUCAGUGUCGUGUAUCGGCUGUGCAGGGGCCGUCCUCAUCGUGGGUGGGAUCCUUUUCCUGCUGCUGGCGCUGCCUUACAGCCCCUGGCGGAGGUGUCUCCCUCAGAAGGAUGGCAGCAGUUAGUGGGCCAGAGGUGGUGUUGCACUUUAUCUGCCCUUUCUGUUUGUGAGGAGGGAGGGUGCAGAGGGGCGGUGCUGUUUCCCAAAGAUGUCUUAGCAAAGAGAUUGCUUUUUCUGUGAACUUAUAGGAAUCAUUAAUCAGAAUCAGAAUAACAAUUAAAAAUACUUUAAUAAUCCCAGGGGGAAAUUACUUUCGUUACAAACUCCAGAUAUACAUACAACAUAUAAUAUAUUAAGAAUAACCAUUGAUAAGAACACCAUAAUCUGACAGAAUAUUGUUAAUAGCAAUAAUGCCACGUUGCAGAGAAAUAUCCCUUUUACUCUUAUCAAAUAUGGUUAUCUUAAUGCUCAGAUGUGUUUGGGAAACAGUCCUGUAUUGUCUUACUACUCAUGCUGCAGGUUGUGGAGGAAAUGUACUGUUAGUUCAUUCAAUAAAUGAAAAAGUAUUUUUCUAAAAACAGGUUAGACCUUUGAUAUAAACUCAUUGUCAAACAAUACUUGACAAAAACACAGUUUUAAAGGUCCAGUGUGUAACAUUUAGCAGGCAGAAAUGCAAUAUAAUAUUCAUAGGUAUGCUGUUUGCUUUUGAUGGAGUCCGCUGUGUUAAACCACCAUGUUUCUACAGUAGCCCAGAACAGACAAACAAGCACUGACUGUAGAUUGAAAUUCUUCGCGAGAUUCAUGGCCACCGUAUUUUCUCCUACACACUUCACAGUCUGUGUUCAUUCCCAGGUCGUUAAAUACAGACGCCAGCAGUGCUCGUUAGUGGCAAUCUGCAAUUUCACCGCUAGAUGGCACUAAAUCCUACACACUGCUCCUUUAAACAGUGUAGCCAAUAAAAGAAGCUAUUUAAGUCAACGUUUGUUAAGCUAGCCAAAAUUGUCGUUAACCUGAACUGUACCAACAUUUUAACACAUUGGCUCGUUAAUUUAUUCACCCUAUCCUUAUGGACUACUCCUAAAAAUUUAAACUAUUAACUAAUUAACCUUUAUUUCAGUAAAAAAUAGGCCUAGAGGACUGGAUGUACAGAAAAUAUAUGCUAGCUUUACUUUUUUACUUUACUAUGUUAACUUUAGAACAAAAACUUAAAUUCUGUAGUUGUGCCCAAAACACUUUUACUGCAUCUGGGCUUUGAUUACUUUCAUCUGUCUGAUCACAGCCCUGCUCAGGUAACAAGACAACCAUCAACAUCCUCAAAAAAAAAACUACACUGAAUGUACAGGACGGUUUAUUGACCUCCAAUCUGAGAACCUCGUUCAAGAAAUUCUUUUUUUCUCAGUGAUGUGUGAAGAAAGCAAUAUUAUGUUUGUCCUAAAAUGCCUUCCUGUCUGCAGAGCUGUCUUUCUACAGUAUACGCUGGAUGUUUUGUUGUCUUGUUAUUCAUCAAUUGCCACUAAGAUUUAGAUAAUAAUGGCUUCUAUAAUUUAUUAGAAACACAUUUAUUACAUAGUCACGUGACAGGGCUCUAAUUUUGUAAUGGUAUAAAACACACUUAGAUUUAUUUUUAAUUUACUUCACACUAUAUAUUAUUAUCUAUGUCAGGACAUAAGCGCAAUGAUGAACACAACUUAUUAUUAUCAUUAUUCGAUGUCACAUGCAUCAUAUUGCAGACAUACAGUACUUUAUAAUAAGAGUAUAUAUGAAAUAUUUUAAAUCAAGUGUAAGGUAGGUGCUACACUUUAGAAAUAGCUUGACAAUCACAUACAACUAGAAAAUAUUGUAAAGAUUUAGAGUGGAGUAGAGGGUACUCAGUUUUACAUCAGCCAAAAGCGUGAGACGCUGCCAUGUUUUUACCUUCAGUGUUUUUCUCAUGUUAGAACAAAGUGCUUUUCUGUGCCUGAAUGGAAGGUGAACCAUCUCUGCAACUUUUUUGAACUGAAUCGAUUGAGUAUGAAUGACUUCAUUUUAUUAUUAAACAUGACAUGAAUAUUUAAUGUCA